AUGGCGGCGUCGUGUAUAAUCGCACUGCUUCUAACGGGCAGCUGCCACUAUCGAGGCUCCGCAGGGGCAGCCGCAGUGGUAACCACUCCACGAACACCUUCGCCAAAGGUUCCGCCGACUCUCCCCGCGAGGCGCACACCUGGCGGCAGAAACGGUGCGGCUGGGGGAACCGCCACGUGGCAGCAGCCCAGGGAUUCGUUGCAGCCGGAGCUGACGCUCCUCGCGAACAACUCGUACGGCGCGCGUUGCCUGGACGGCAGCCCCCCUGGGUACUACUUCCGCCCGGGUUCGGGGGAGGGCGCGGACGCGUGGCACGUGCACCUGCCCAUGGGGGGAUGGUGCUUCAACCGCAGUGCGCUGAUCGCGCUGAGACCUUUCCGCCUCCCUUUCCCACCUGCCCAUGGGGGGAUGGUGCUUCAACCCCAGUGCGCUGAUCGCGCUUUGCCCUUGCCAUACGUCAUGCACUCUGCCCUUGCCAUACCUCAUGCGCUCUGCCCUUGCCAUACCUCAUGCGCUCUGCCCUUGCCAUACCUCAUGCGCUCUGCCCUUGCCAUACCUCAUGCGCUCUGCCCUUGCCAUACCUCAUGCGCUCUGCCCUUGCCAUACCUCAUACGCUCUGCCCUUGCCGUACCUCAUACGCUCUGCCCUUGCCGUACCUCAUACGCUCUGCCCUUGCCGUACCUCAUGCGCUCUGUCGCUUCCAGUCUCCUCUCUAUGCGCCCCUCCAUACUCCCUUCCAUACUCCCAUCCGUUCUCUCCAGCUACUUGGCCAACAACCGUCUCAGCGGCAGUCUGCCGUCUGCCAUCAGUCGCCUGGAGAAGCUGCAACAGAUCUGGCUGGACAACAACAGCAUCGAGGGCCCUCUGCCAUCCGCCAUUUGCUCGCUGCCCUGGCUGUGGCGCAUGUGA